CAACAGAUGAAUGGCGCUUGUGCGCGAAGCCAUACCCGGAGGAGGGGAGGGGAGCAGGCGAAGACGGCGACGAGAUCUUCACAUACCGGAGGAACGCGAGAGUGGUAGAUGGCGGAGAACGAAGGAGCGAACGGGGAGGGAGCAGGAGAAGAGGGACUAUGGUAAUGGAGGGACGGAAGGGAUCGUGUUGAGCUUGUCGUUGAGCACUCAAUACCCAUAUGACAGUGUAUAUACCGUGGACGGCAAGAUUGGCGGGACCUGGUUUCCAUUACAGGUAGACACGGGCUCAGCGGACCUUUGGGUGGCCUCAACGUCUUGCUCCUCAUCUCCCUGCUCAGGUGCAACGGUCUACGAUCCCUCUUCAUCUACCCCAACGAACAAGACGUUUUCCAUCCAGUACCUACAAGGCUCCGUCUCCGGCCCCGUCGUAUGGUCCGAUGUCUCCUUCGGAUCCUACAACAUCCCCGCUCAGGCCCUGUGCGCGGCAACCUCCGUCACCUCCGAACGACUCUCAGAAGAUGGGUUCUCUGGCGUGUUGGGACUGGCUCCGGCGCUUAAUAGCAAGAUCGCGCAGCUCAUCCCACCCGUGGUGGGUAACGACCCGGAUGGCGCUGCUUUCCUUUCCAACUUGUACGGGAGUGAUACUCCGCCACCGCCAUUCUUUAGCCUCAUGCUUGAACGACCAGAAGAUCCAGAUACAGUCAGCGUAUUCGGUAUGGGGGCCCAUCCAUUACGCAACACUCCUGGCUCCUUCACCCCGCUAGCACUCCAGUGGUCACCCGUCGUAACAAGCACAGAAGGGGCAUUAUACUGGCGCAUACCCGUGCAGGGCAUGACCCUCCAGAUUGGGGGAAACAGCACUUCACUCAUCGUAGGGAAGAGCAACGUAAUACCAAAUAGCGCAAACUCGGUCGCAGUGCUCGAUUCGGGGACGCCGUAUGUGCUCUUGCCACCAACACUGGCGGACGCGUUCUGGGGUGCGGUUGGGGUGAACCCGUCCGCAGAUGGGUAUUUUUAUCCACGAUGUACGCUCAUGGUCAACGCAACAAUAACUAUUGGGGGCACCAACUACGCUCUUCACCCACUCGACUUAUCCAUCCCUUCCUCCAACGACCCAACUUCCUCAAACUGUAUCGGUGGCAUACAGAGUAUGCCAUCUGGCCAAACAGCAGGGGACAUAAUUCUCGGCGUCGCUUUCCUCAAGAACGUCUACUCGGUCUACACCUCCAACAGCUCCAUCUACACGUCCAACUCCACUACCAACCUCUACCCGGCCACUACCCCUGCUCCUAGUGCGGACCAAGCCGACCUUCCCCACGUCGGUCUUUACCCACUCACGAACGCCACUGCCGCCGCCCUGGAAUUCCAACAAGUACGCAUACAGAACCAAGCUCCCGGGUCGGGACAAGGAGGAGGACAACUGAAUAUCCCGAGCGUCAACGCUAGCAGUUCCCUGAAAAUACCUUUACCGGUGGUGAUCAUCCUCGCUGUAGCAGGGUUUAUCGCUCUCUGUGUCUGUCUUUUCCUCUUGCGAGGAUGUCUUUACCGAAGACGACGGGAGCGCGAGCGAGAGCUCGCUGAAGCUGCAGGAGGAGCAGGGGAAGAGAGCUUCACGUUCGCAAAUGGCAAGGCUGUGCCCGACUCGGCGUGGGACGACACGCUCUUGUAUACGGCGUUGAAGAAACACAGUUUGAGGAGCAUGUCCGAGGGAACUGGGGGGAGUGAAGCGACUGGUCUCAGCGGGAAGACGGGUCCAGAUGGGCAAAAGGGUUCGAGGCGCGAGGGAGAGGGAACAGAAGGCACUGGUACGGAUGGGAGCGAUAUCGCUUCGGCACACAAUGUCCCGCUCCCUCCCUCACCUCCGCUAUCAGCACAUGAAGUAUUCGAAGAGCCCGAGCCUACGCAGUCUGAAGCACACCCCGUAGGAACGGGCACAGGAUCAGCAGAUUGGGACUGGCUUGCCCUCUCCCCCGCUGGGGGGCGCUAUCCCAGCCCGGUCCGCACUAGCAGAGUGGAGAUCCCCAUGCCUGUCCGGCGCGAAAGUGCGAGUUAUCCGACGUUCGGUGCAGAGGCAGGCGUACGAGACCUCCUGGGGGAGGAAGAGCGAGAGCGGGAAAAGUUUAGGAAUGGGAUGAAACGCGGGUUGGCGAGUUUGUCUAUCCCUUUCGUUGGGCCUGUGAGGCGCUCGUCGGGCUCUGGAUCUGGCUCUGGAGUGGGACUUUUGGGGGAGUCUCAUGCUCGAGACGACCCGGAGGCGCAUGGGGCAGAGGGAAGGGAACAAACAAGCAAUGGAGAACACAUCGAGCUGCCUGUCAUUUCGGAAAGCUCACGGGUGUAUGGGGAGGGCGUUGAAGAGCCCAAGAGCUCUGGACCGUUAUUAGGACGGUUCAGCGCUGUACAUGGUGAGAGGCCGAGUCCGAUCACUCCCCCGCAUCAUCAGCAUCAACGACAUAGGUAUCCGGAGGACAGAGAUUACGUGGAGCUCAGUCCGGAAAGCCCGAGAAGCUCAAGAAGCCAGAGAAGAAAGCCGCCACCACCGAGGCCGAUCGAGUUCUGAUCCACUGUCGCUGUCUUCCGCCACUGCAUAACUAAUCUUCUGUCCGCUAUUCGCAACUCUGCAUGCUGCACGAUAUCGGACUGGUACGUGUCUCAUCAUUCUUUCAUCUGUCAUUCAAGAUCUCCAUCUUUUAUCGCAUGUCUACUAUCCUCGUCAUUCUUUCGGAUCGUAUCUUGUCUCUUUGUGUUCGGUUGGAUCUCUGUGCCUGCGGUAAUGGCUUGUAUUAACAUGUAUUCCUAUGGGACAUUUUUGCAUCGAAGUAAUGAACGC